AUGAUUAAGAAGUAAGUUAGAGUUGUAAUUGAAAAAUUAGAAGCUUCUUAGAUAUCAGAAUUUUACAAAGAUGAUAUACAAAAUAGAGAGCUUGAGAGUUUAUAACUAUAAAUUUUAGAGUAACAUGGAUGA